AUGGAGAAACAACUAGCAGCUUUACUCAACGAAGAGUUCCUAUCGGAAUUCGAGUGCCCCAUUUGCACCAAGUACAUGCUGCCGCCGAUCCGCCAGUGCCACAACGGCCACUGCUUCUGCCAGGACUGCUUCGACAAGAUCGCGAGAUGCGCCCUUUGCAGGGCCCCGAAAUCAGAAAACCGCUCCAUUACUUUGGAGAAGGUGCAAGCCUGUCUCACGUUCCCGUGUCCUUACGUGGAAGAAGGGUGCGACUUCCAAGCGUCGUGCAUAGAAAUAACGCUCCAUCAGAAGCACUGUAAGUUCUCCGUGGUCCCCUGCGCGCUCAGGUUCAACGGUUGCCAGUGGCAUGGGGAAAAAUCCGAACUGAUAGUUCACUGCAGAACCCAGCACCGAGACAACAUUUUCUUCACCAGCAGGCAGAAGUUCCUGUCGUCCGGCUUCAGAAACCGCAUCGACAGGAUUUAUUAUAUAGUGUUCUACGUGUUCAACAAUCUUUUUAGAUGUACCUGGGACCUGGACAAGGAGACUGGUUUGAUGCGCUUUGCAGUCUAUUGCCUAGGUAAGCCCCUGGAGCAGGAUAAGUUCGGAUUUGAGGUGUCCUAUAUGCAGCAAGACAGCAACACGGAGGUGAUUACCGUCAAAGCGCCCUGCUACCCGAUGGAGGAUGACAGCGAGAGGUUCUUGAAAAACAAACAUUUUGUUCUACACCACGAACUAGUGAAAGAUCUUUGUGAUGAAGAUGGAAACUUAAAUUAUUCAGUAAAUAUUUUCGAGAGAAAAUAA